AUGCCCGGAGCAGGGUGCGGGGAAGGGCGCGGGCCCAGCCUGCCCCGCACGAUCCGCGGUGUCCCCGCAGGGCUGCGCCCCGGCGGCGGCAGCGUGCUGCAGCUGGAGCGGCUGAUCCGCGCGGCCACGGGCCGGAGCGCGCUGCUCUCCUACGGCUGGUACGGCUGCUUCUGCGGCAUCGGCGGCUCCGGGAGCGCCGUGGACCCCACCGACCGGUGCUGCCAAGCCCACGACUGCUGCUACAGGAGGCUGAGGGAGGGCAGCUGCAGCCCCCUGCUCACCCCGUACAGCUUCACCUCCAGCGGUGGGAACAUCACCUGCAGCGAUGAGCAGAGCUGGUGCGAGAGGGAGACCUGCCUGUGCGACACCGCGGUGGCCUCGUGCUUCGCCAGCACCCUGCACUCCUACAACAAUUCCUACCGCUUCUACUUCAAGCUCAAAUGCCAAGGAAGCAAGCUCCAGUGCUGAGGAGGGGGAAUCUGCACACAGAGCUCCAGAUUUUGGCUGGUUUUCCCCAGCAAGAAACGCCUGGUUGGGGGCUCAGAAAAGGGAGAGCCCCCGAGGCUCCCUGUGGUGAGAAGGGCACACACACCAUGGAUGGAGAGCCACCAGUUCCUGGAAAGACACACCAGUUUCCUCUUUUUUUUGUCCCUUCCUCCUCUCUUGAUUUCAUUUCCCAGCAAAGAUAAUAAAGAGAUACAAUAAAAAGGAUGUAAACUGGU